AAUCCCGACCAAUUACUCAAAUGGUCCAUAGCUCAAAGUACACCAGGUGGUGGAAGUGGCGAUGCCGAAGCAGACGCAGCUAAUCAUCCUGGAAUUCAACAAAUCGCUGGAGAUAUCUCGUCUGGAAGAAGGCCAGAUUUGGCAGAUCCAGCAUUGUAUGAUGCAUUGAUGGGCAAAAGUGAAGCACAAAUGAUGCGAGAAGAACUUUCAGCAGCUUUGGAUACAAAUCGAACAGAAUCAGAUCGGAUACAAGCAUUAGACAAUUUUGAAAUGUUGAUCGAGCAAAUCGAUAAUGCAAACAAUAUCACUUCAAUGAAGAUGUGGGAGCCACUUUUGGGUCUUUUGACCGGAUCACAGGAAUCACAUGCAACCAGUCCAGCAAUUCAAGUUGCAACCCUUUGGAUCGUUGGUACUGCCGUUCAGAACAAUGACAAAGCACAAAUGACAGUAUUGCAAUUCGGUUUCCUCAAGCCCAUCAUUUCCCUUUUGGUACAUGGCGCGGAUGGGCAAGUACGCAGUAAGGCAUUGUACGCAUUAAGUGGAAUCCUUAAACACAAUGCAAAAGCUGUUCUCUCGUUCAUCGAGCUAGAUGGAUGGAACGCACUAUGUGGUGCACUACUUGAUCCUGACGUCUCUUUACGUCGCAAGUCUGCAUUCUUGAUCAAUUCUCUUCUAUUGCAAGACGAUUCCGCAUCACAAUCAACACAAGAAGAAGUUCCACCUGCAAGAACUGGACUUUCAACUGCUGUUGCUCCCGUUCCCAAUUCAGGACCUGGAGAAUUGCCAUCUGCUCCGCUUGAGCAACCUCCUGCAACACUUGCAGAUGGCAUCAAACAUCCAUCCAUUGUCUCACAAUUGGUUGAAUCGAGGUUACUGAAUACUCUGAUCGUAUCUCUCUUACCCGCUUCGAUUCAAUCUAGCCUGCCUUCUGCAUCAUUGGAAGGUAUAGAUACGGCCACAUCAGCAGGACCGGAUGGAGACAUUGAAUUACGUGAUGAUUUGGACUACGCUGAAAAAGCAAGUAGAGCAUGUUUGACAUUUGUGGAGAAAUGUCAAGAAGCAAAAGAGAACGGAAAAGAUGCUUUGCAAACCAUUCAACAAGAUCAAAAGCAACUCGUCAAAACAUUGUUGCACGCCCUACUGCAAGAAUGGAAUGAAGGAGCGAUUGAACAGGACGCUGACAUUAAACAACGUUGGCAAGAACUCGGUCUC